ACUAUCCACCGAUGGCCCCGCCCUCGCACUCAGAUAUACGUCUUGCAUGGACAAGCAGGAACUCAUCAUCUGGAGCCGGCUGAAAGCGGUUUAUUGGGGUUUUUUCGUUGAUUCAAGAGUUUAAGACAACUAACGUUGGCAGUGUCUUGUUUGUAGUCUUAAGCUUUGAAUUUACUUAAUUUACCCGACGUUAGUGCUUAGGAAAGAGCGAGAGCAUUUAUUGUGUCUUACCCCGCGCGCGCGGAAAGAGGCUACGGGAAGUUGACUGGGCGGGCUACGGUGUCAAAAAUAUCUAAAUCGACAUUUAUCGACGGUUUUCUUUGAGUGGAAUGAGCUACCAUUCACCAACCGUGUCUGUUGCACGAUGGGUGUCCGCUCUGUCUGCCUAAUUGCCAAGGCCAAAACAAACUGUAACAGAUCUAGUCUAUUCAGAGGAUAGCAAUAGGCCCUCACUCCACCCUCUCCCUUAACGUUACGUAUCAGUUUAGAGCAGAGCAGUGCAGAUUCUCUCUAGUGUCUGGAUUGCUUUGAUUUGCUGGUUUAGCGAAGGGGUGAAGGUAGGUCUGAGGCAGAAAACAGAUUUAAAAACACUAGUACCUCAAUUUUCUGGGGAUUAAAAUAUCCAGUGUGCUGCUGCUUGAUUUAUUUAUACAUAUUUGGUUCUCUUCCCUGUAAGAUUGUGAAGUUUUUUUUGUUUUUGUUUUUUUCCCCCGUAUAACUUGAAAACCAUUUACGCACAAUGGUGUCGACAACUCUGGCCACAGUAACGAUUUUGACCACCCUUGCCACUCAAGUGGCUCUGACUGAUUAUAUAUGGCUCCUAGUUGUAGGCUUCAUCAUAGCAUUUAUCCUGGCCUUUUCUGUGGGGGCUAAUGACGUUGCCAACUCAUUUGGUACAGCAGUGGGAUCAGGUGUAGUUACCCUUAAGCAGGCCUGUAUUCUUGCUACUGUCUUUGAGACAUUGGGCUCUGUGCUGCUUGGAGCCAGGGUCAGCGAGACCAUCCGCAGUGGCAUAAUCGACGUGACUAUGUACAACGGCUCAGAACACGUGUUGAUGGCUGGAUCAGUCAGUGCUAUGUUUGGCUCUGCUGUUUGGCAGUUGUUUGCUUCUUUUCUGAAGCUUCCUAUUUCUGGGACCCAUUGCAUUGUGGGAGCUACCAUUGGCUUUUCACUGGUCGCCAAAGGUCAGCAGGGCGUCAGAUGGCUGGAGCUUCUUAGAAUUGUUGCUUCUUGGUUCCUCUCACCUGUCCUCUCUGGCAUCAUGUCUGCCGUUCUUUUCUACUUUGUUCGCAUGUUCAUCCUGCAAAAGAAAGAUCCAGUGCCCAAUGGUCUAAGGGCCCUGCCUUUCUUCUACUCUUUUACAAUGGGAAUCAACCUGUUCUCCAUUAUGUUUACUGGAGCACCGAUGCUGGGCUUUGAUAAGCUGCCCUGGUGGGGAGUUCUGCUCAUUUCCAUCGGCUUGGCCCUGAUCAUCGCUUUCAUCGUUUGGUUUGUUGUCUGCCCUCGGCUCAAGAAGAAGAUUGAAUGUAAAUUAAAGUCUUCCAGUCCCACUGAGAGUCCUCUUAUGGAGAAGAGGGAGUUGCAGGAAGCUCACAGUCCCAUCCUGAAACCUGUUCCUGAGGAGUCCAGUGCCAUGCCCUCUAUCACCCCCUCGGCCCCUCCUCUUUCUGAGGAGCGCAGGGUCACCUUUGACAUUGGAGAUUUGGAUGACGCAGAACAGAAGGACUGCAAAGAGUCGGAGAUGGGCAGUGCAGCUCCGAAGACUGCCCAUGUUCAAUUCACCACCGGCCCCGCUCACAUUCCUAGCAAUGGUUACUCUCAGUACCACACAGUUCACAAGGACUCCGGCCUCUACAAGGACCUGCUGCACAAACUCCAUCUGGCAAAAGUGGGAGACUGCAUGGGGGAGGGUGGCGAUCGGCCCAUCCGCCGCAACAACAGCUACACUUCCUACACCAUGGCAAUCAUCGGCCUGCACGGAGACUUCAAGCCCAAAGAAUCUGAGUACCGUGCUUCCGAAGAUGGAGACAAGGAAAAAGCCAGUGCCCAGGAGAGGAAGCGCGUCCGCAUGGACAGCUACACGAGUUACUGCAAUGCAGUGGCGGAGAAUGGUGCACCUGAAGGUCUCGGUGAUGGUGAGGUUGCUUUGGAGAUUGCUGACGAUGAUGCUGGGAGCAGCCAUAGUUCUUUGGAGGAGGAUAGAGCCGAUGCUGACAGACCUGAAGUGUCAAUGCUGUUCCAGUUCCUGCAAAUUCUAACCGCCUGUUUUGGUUCCUUUGCUCACGGAGGAAAUGAUGUCAGUAACGCAAUUGGUCCCCUGGUUGCCCUGUGGCUGGUCUAUGAGAGUGGGUCCGUUAUAUCACAUGCACCAACUCCAAUCUGGUUGCUGUUGUAUGGAGGAGUGGGCAUCUGUGUCGGUUUGUGGGUCUGGGGCCGUAGAGUCAUCCAAACCAUGGGCAAGGACCUGACCCCCAUCACCCCGUCUAGUGGUUUCAGCAUCGAGCUCGCCUCAGCCGUCACUGUUGUGGUUGCUUCCAACAUUGGUCUUCCAAUUUCCACCACUCAUUGCAAGGUCGGGUCAGUGGUGGCUGUCGGUUGGAUGCGCUCCAGAAAGGCUGUGGACUGGCGACUGUUCAGAAACAUCUUCAUGGCCUGGUUUGUCACUGUGCCAAUUUCUGGUCUUAUCAGCGCAGCCAUCAUGGCCCUGUUCACCUACGUCAUUCUGUGAGGCCUUGAAAGUCCGCUCUGCCUCCCUCUCUGCUCACGAGGAGCCCACACCUGCAUCCAGGAUCCCUAGAGAGAGGUGGAGGGCAUAUCUCAACCUUCUCUGUCUCUCUCUACUUUUCCCCCCUCCGUCAUCCUCGUGAUGAGUGUGGGAUGAAAAAGGCCCCUUUCAAUAGAGCCUGUGAUUCUUGGCUGCAUUAUUUUUAGCGUGUAUUGAUUUGUGUGCAUUGCACCAGGUAACAUGCCAUAGGCCAGAGAAGAAAAUGUCUUGACAACUAAAAUGGUUAUCAUUUAAAUUCCCUCUUGUACAUAUGUCAGAUCACCUUGUUUUUGUUUAUGUAAUUAUGUACAGAACUAAAGGUUGUUGUUUUUUUAAGGUAAAUGAAUUACAGUAUUAGCUUUCAUUUGACAUGUAUUUUUCAUUACUUUCAUAAUUUAAGUUCCUUAGAGAAGCUGUGUUUUGGUGCGAAGAAUCGGGGAAGAGGAAUUGAGUUGCAUUUUCCUUCUCUUAUGCAUUCAAUAUGUUAAUUUUCCACUUUUUCUCAAGCAGGCCUAACUAAACUCAAAUAGAGCCUUAUGACAGCCACAUUUUUAGGAGAGUCUUGUGAGGGUUCAUUAGCAAAGUAAAUUGGUUGCUCACAUCAUAUUCCUUAAUACAAUUUCAGUGUCCUUUU